AUGCACCCCAGCGGCCGGGGCUACCCGAUGGCCUCGCUCUACGUGGGCGACCUGCACGCGGACGUCACGGAAUCCAUGCUCUACGAGAAGUUCCUGCCGGCCGGGCCCAUCCUCUCCAUCCGCGUGUGCCGCGACGUGGCCACCCGGCGCUCGCUGGGCUACGCCUACAUCAACUUCCAGCAGCCCGCCGACGCGGAGCGAGCCCUGGACACGAUGAAUUUUGAUGUGAUCAAAGGCCAGCCCAUCCGUAUCAUGUGGUCCCAGCGAGACCCAGGACUUCGCAGGUCAGGAGUGGGCAACAUCUUCAUCAAGAACCUGGAGGACUCCAUUGACAACAAGGCCUUGUAUGAUACCUUCUCUGCCUUUGGGAACAUCCUCUCUUGCAAGGUGGUGUGUGAUGAGUGUGGCUCCCGGGGCUUCGGGUUUGUCCAUUUUGAGACCCACGAGUCUGCGCAGAAGGCCAUCCGCACGAUGAAUGGGAUGCUGCUGAAUGACCGCAAAGUCUUCGUUGGCCACUUCAAGUCCCGACGAGACCGGGAUGUGGAGCUGAGGACUCGGGCCAUGGAGUUCACCAACAUCUAUGUGAAGAACCUGCAAGUAGAUGUGGACGAGCGGGGCCUUCAGGACCUCUUUUCCUCGUUCGGGAAGCUGUUGAGUGUGAAGGUGAUGAGGGACGACAGCGGCCACUCCAGAGGCUUUGGCUUUGUCAACUUCGAGAAGCAUGAGGAAGCCCAGAAGGCUGUGGUGGACAUGAACGGGAAGGAGGUGAGCGGGCGGUUGCUGUAUGUGGGCCGGGCCCAGAAGAGAAUGGAACGGCACAAUGAACUGAAGCGCAAGUUUGAGCAGAUAAAGCAGGAGAGGAUGAACCGCUACCAGGGCGUGAACCUGUAUGUGAAGAACCUGGAUGACUCCAUCGAUGAUGAGAAACUGAGGAAAGAAUUCUCACCGUACGGAGUGAUUACCAGUGCAAAGGUGAUGACAGAGGGUGGCCACAGCAAAGGGUUUGGCUUUGUGUGUUUUUCCUCUCCAGAAGAGGCGACCAAAGCCGUGACAGAGAUGAACGGGCGCAUCAUCGGCACCAAGCCACUGUAUGUGGCGCUGGCCCAGCGCAAGGAGGAGCGGAGGGCCAUCCUGUCCAACCAGUACAUGCAGCGCGUCUCCACCUUGCGGGCCCUUGGCAACCCCCUCCUGGGCUCCUUCCAGCAGCCCACCAACUACUUCCUGCCUGCCGUGCCUCAGCCUCCAGCCCGGCCUGCGUACUAUGGCUCUGGCCCCAUCACUCCCAUCCGACCUGCCCCCAGGUGGACGGCGCAGCCACCUAGACCAUCGAUUGCCUACUCUCCAGCUGCCUCGAUGGUUCGGCUGCCAGCCACGCCCCGGAGGCCCCUGGCUCACCUCAGCACUGUCAAGCAGGCCUCCACCCAGGUGCCACACACCCAGAGAGUGGUCAACAUUGGUACUCAGACCACAGGACCUGAGGGGGUGGAAGGAGCUAUCCCAUCCCGACAACUCCUGUCCUACAAAUACUCCUCGACAGUCCUCACCUCCCAGCGGGUAAGGGCCCUCAGCCUUGCCCAUCCUGGACAAGAACCGCUGACAGCGUCCAUGCUGGCUGCGGCCCUGCCGCAUGAACAAAAGCAGAUGAUUGGUGAACGGCUCUACCCUCUUGUCGAAAGAGUCCACGCCCAGCUGGCAGGCAAGAUCACUGGCAUGCUGCUUGAGAUUGACAACUCGGAUCUGCUGCUCAUGCUGGAGUCUCCAGAGUCCCUCCACGCCAAGAUAGAAGAGGCGGUCGCGGUGCUGCAGGCACACCGGCCCACUGAGCAGCCGACAGAGUACCUGGACUGA